GUGUGAGCUCAUCUGUCACUGUAGAUCCCUUUUAAACUGUUUUGGGUUUUACUUUGUUAAGUUGUGUAGAAAACAACAUGCUGUCUUUGAACAAUUUAUUAUGCUCUCAUGGUGCUUUCCCGCCAUAGAGAUCAAGAAAAACCCGCUAAAAUAAGUACAACAAAACCCUCCCUACUUCUGGUCUUCCGUGCGGUCCUUCAAAAUAAAAGUCUGCUUCAGAGUAAAACAUACCGUAGCUAGGGAUGAACGAUUAACGGUUUAAAGGUAAAGCAUGGUAGAAUUCCUGACAGUUCAAAACUUAACUAUCAUUAAAACCAUGAUAACUGUGUGAUAUGACACUUUCACAGUAAAUUUGACCCUCCCAGGCACAGGUGUAGUGUGAGUUAAUGUUAAUGCAUAGCUGAUAUGGUUUUCUUAUCAUUAGGUAUUGGCUAUAUUAAUAUUAUAUUGUUUUGCAAACCAAAAGUGCACAUUGCUGCUAACUUAGUUUGUGAUUGAUGGUUGACAGUUUUUUUCUUUUCUCCCUGCAGCUCCUUUAUAGUCAACCCCCAUCACACCUUAUUGUCGUCAUUUUGAAAACCCAAAGGCACUUUUAAGAGCCAAGUCCAUCUAUCUAUCUAUCUAUCUAUCUAUCUAUCUAUCUAUCUAUCUAUCUAUCUAUCUAUCUAUCUAUCUAUCCAUCUAUCUAUCUAUCUAUCUAUCUAUCUAUCUAUCUAUCUUUCUAUCUAUCUAUCUAUCUAUCUAUCUAUCUAUCUAUCUGUCUGUCUGUCUGUCUGUCUGUCUGUCUGUCUGUCUGUCUGUCUGUCUGUCUGUCUGUCUGUCUGUCUGUCUAUCUAUCUGUCAGUCUGCCUGUCUGUCUGUCAGUCUGCCUGUCUGUUUGCCUGUCUGCCUUUCUGUCUGUCAGUCAUUUAUCAUGCCUGGGGGGUCGAUCCAAAAGAAGUGCCCCUUUUGUGAGUCCAUUUUAUUUUGUGCCCAAAACAAAUGCUCAUAUUGUAAAAUGGAGCAGCCUGCCGAGCAGCGACUGAAGAAAAGACUGAAAAAGUUUGACCAGAAGCGAGAGGAAUGGGUGGUUGGCCUUAAAAAGAACCACAACCUGGCAUCCAUUAAGGAUGAAGCUAUAGUCCUGCUUGAGAAACUCCAUGCCAUGGGCUACAAGCCGGUUCUCCUUCUUGGCAAGGAGACAAAGACGGGAGCAACAAAUUGUGAAGUUUUAACGCCUCGUUGCGAACUCACUCUUCAGGCCCAGAACUCACUCCAGAAGAUGGGCUCAUUUUAUGAGUCUAUUUGUGAAGGUUGGAGUCAGGAAAUUCCUGCAGCUGAUGAUCAGGUGAUCACACUAACCCUCACACCGUGUGACCCCUUGGAGGUCAAAAGCCAGGAGCAGGCAAGCAGCACAGAGGGAAAAGCCUACAGCUCUGACCUGAUCAGGGCUCAUGCAGAGCGAGCCCUAAACCUAAGCCCUGUGCAGACUGCUGAGGAGGUGGAGAACCCCAAAGACUUGCAGACUGCUGAGGAGGUGGAGAACCCCAAAGACUUGCAGACUGCUGAGGAGGUGGAGAACCCCAAAGACUUGCAGACUGCUGAGGUGCAGAGCAGAGGGUCAGACACGGGCACAGAGCUUAAUCCAAGACGAAAAAAGAAAACAGUCAGAGGCACCAAAGCAUCUGCCUGUGAGGAAAAAGACACAGAUAAGUAA